GGGAGAGCAGUCCGUGUGUAGCUGCUGCGUUUCCUCUGCCUGCACGGGACACUACUUGCGUAGUACAGAAAGCCCAGUUCCUGCCCCUCAGCCACGACAAACUCUCCUACCCGCACCCAUAGACGCCCCUGCAGCCGCGUCCCGAGCCCAGGGCGCCUUCGCUCUGCGCGCCCUGGAAACCUGCGCUGCGGUGCGCAUUCCACGUCCGCGCUUUCUUUGCGGGACAGGCGCGGAGAGAAAGAGCCUGCGCCCGAGUUCUGGGCACUGUGCCCAGCGCGAGGUGCAGGAUGGAGAGCAAGGCGCUGCUGGCUAUUGCUGUGUGGCUCUGCGUGGAGACCCGGGCCGCCUCUGUGGGUUUGCCUAGUGAUUCCCUCCAUCCACCCUGGCUCAGCAUACAAAAAGACAUACUUACAAUUAUGGCUAAUACAACUCUUCAAAUUACUUGCAGGGGACAGAGGGACUUGGACUGGCUUUGGCCCAACACUCAGAGCGGUUCUGAGGAAAGGGUGGAGGUGACUGAGUGCAGUGACAGCGUCUUCUGUAAGACACUCACAAUUCCAAAAGUGGUUGGAAAUGAUACUGGAGCCUACAAGUGCUUCUACCGGGACACUGACGUGGCAGCUGUCAUUUAUGUCUAUGUUCAAGAUUAUAGAUCACCAUUCAUUGCUUCUGUCAGUGACCAACACGGAGUUGUAUACAUCACUGAGAACAAAAACAAAACCGUGGUGAUUCCAUGUCGUGGGUCUACUUCUAACCUCAAUGUAUCACUUUGUGCAAGAUACCCAGAGAAGAGGUUUGUUCCUGAUGGAAACAGAAUUUUCUGGGAUAGUGAAAAAGGCUUUACUAUUCCCAGUUACAUGAUCAGCUAUGCCGGCAUGGUCUUCUGUGAAGCAAAAAUCAAUGAUGGCAGUUACCAGUCUAUUAUGUACAUAGUUGUGGUUGUAGGGUACAGGAUUUAUGAUGUGGUUCUGAGCCCCCCUCAUAAAGUUGAGCUAUCUGUUGGAGAGAAGCUUGUCUUAAAUUGUACAGCAAGAACUGAGCUAAAUGUGGGGCUUGACUUCAACUGGGAAUGUCCUUCUUUGAAGCAUCAGCAUAAGAGAGUUGUAAAUCGCGACCUGAAGCCCCCACCUGGGACUGUAAUGAAGAAGUUUUUGAGCACCUUGACUAUAGAUGCUGUAACCCGGAGUGACCAAGGGUUGUACACUUGUGUAGCGUCCAGUGGGCUGAUGACCAAGAAGAACAGCACAUUUGUCCAAGUCCACGAAAAACCUUUUGUUGCUUUUGAUAGCAGUAUGGAAUCUUUGGUGGAAGCCACAGUGGGAGAUCGUGUCAGAAUCCCUGUGAAGUACCUCAGCUACCCGACCCCAGAAAUCAAAUGGUAUAAAAAUGGAAGACCUAUUGAGUCCAAUUACACAAUUAAAGUGGGCCAUGUACUGACAAUUAUGGAAGUGAGUGAAAAAGACACAGGAAAUUACACUAUCAUCCUUACCAAUCCCAUCUCAAAGGAGAAGCAGAGCCACGUGGUAUCUCUGGUUGUGAAUGUGCCACCCCAGAUUGGCGAGAAAGCUCUGAUUUCCCCCAUGGAUUCUUAUCAGUAUGGUACCACACAAACUCUGACAUGCACGGUCUAUGCCAGCCCUCCUCCACAUCACAUCUACUGGUAUUGGCAGCUAGAGAAAGAGUGCUCCUACAAGGCCAGCCAAGCUGUCUUGACAACAAACUCAUAUACUUGUAAAGAAUGGAGAAAUGUGGAAGAUUACCAGGGAGGAAAUAAAGUUGAAGUUAACAAAAAUCAAUAUGCCCUAAUUGAAGGAAAAAACAAAACUGUAAGUACUCUUGUUAUCCAAGCUGCAAAUGUGUCAGCUUUGUACAAAUGUGAAGCCAUCAACAAAGCUGGGAGAAGAGAGUGGGUGAUCCCCUUCCAUGUGACCACGGGUCAUGAAAUUACUUUGCAACCUGCCACACAGCCAACCGAGCAGGAAAGUGUGUCUCUGAGGUGCAUGGCAGAUAGAAGUACAUUUGAGAACCUUACGUGGUACAAGCUGGACCCACAAGCUCCAUCAAGCCACAGGGGAGAGCUGCUCGCACCUGUUUGCAAGAACUUGAAUGCUCUUUGGAGACUGAAUGCCACCAUGUUGUCCAAUGGCACAAAUGAUAUUUUGAUCAUGGAGUUCCAGAAUGCAUCCUUGCAGGAUCAAGGAGACUAUGUCUGCUCUGCUCAAUACAGGAAAACCAAGAAAAGACAUUGUGUGGUCAGGCAGCUCACCAUCCUAGAACGCAUGGCACCCGUGAUCACAGGAAACCUAGAGAAUAAGACAACGAGCAUCGGAGAGACCAUUGAAGUUGCCUGCACGGCGUCUGGGAACCCCCCUCCACAGAUAACAUGGUUUAAAGACAAUGAAACGCUGGUAGAAGAUUCAGGCAUUGUAUUGAAAGAUGGGAACCAAAACCUGACUAUCCGCAGAGUGAGGAAGGAGGAUGAAGGCCUCUAUACCUGCCAGGCCUGCAAUGUUCUGGGGUGUGUGAGAGUGGAGACAUUUUUCAUAAUAGAAGGUGCCCAGGAAAAGACCAACUUGGAAGUCAUUAUUCUGGUAGGCACUGCAGUGAUUGCCAUGUUCUUCUGGCUGCUGCUUGUCAUCGUUCUACGGACCGUUAAGCGGGCCAAUGGAGGGGAGCUGAAGACAGGCUACUUGUCCAUUGUCAUGGAUCCAGAUGAACUGCCCUUGGACGAGCAUUGUGAACGCUUGCCGUAUGAUGCCAGCAAAUGGGAAUUCCCCAGAGACCGGCUGAAACUAGGUAAACCUCUUGGCCGGGGUGCCUUUGGCCAAGUGAUAGAGGCAGAUGCCUUUGGAAUUGACAAGACAGCAACUUGCAAGACAGUGGCCGUCAAAAUGUUGAAAGAAGGCGCAACACACAGUGAACACCGAGCCCUCAUGUCUGAACUCAAGAUCCUCAUUCAUAUUGGUCACCAUCUCAAUGUGGUCAACCUUCUAGGUGCUUGUACCAAGCCAGGAGGACCUCUCAUGGUGAUUGUGGAGUUCUGCAAGUUCGGAAACCUGUCAACUUACUUACGGGGCAAAAGGAAUGAAUUUAUUCCCUACAAGACCAAAGGGGCACGGUUCCGUCAAGGGAAAGACUAUGUUGGGGAAAUCUCUGUGGACCUCAAACGCCGCUUGGACAGUAUCACCAGCAGCCAGAGCUCAGCCAGCUCUGGGUUUGUGGAGGAGAAAUCCCUAAGCGAUGUGGAGGAAGAAGAAGCUUCUGAAGACCUGUACAAGGACUUCCUGACCUUGGAGCAUCUCAUCUGUUACAGCUUCCAGGUGGCUAAGGGCAUGGAGUUCUUGGCCUCACGGAAGUGCAUCCACAGGGACCUGGCAGCAAGAAAUAUCCUCUUGGCGGAGAAGAACGUGGUUAAAAUCUGUGACUUUGGCUUGGCCCGGGAUAUUUAUAAAGACCCGGAUUAUGUCAGGAAAGGAGAUGCCCGCCUGCCUUUGAAAUGGAUGGCCCCAGAGACAAUUUUUGACAGAGUGUACACAAUUCAGAGUGAUGUGUGGUCUUUUGGUGUUUUGCUCUGGGAAAUAUUCUCCUUAGGUGCUUCUCCAUAUCCUGGGGUAAAAAUAGAUGAAGAAUUUUGUAGGCGACUGAAAGAAGGAACUAGAAUGAGGGCCCCUGACUAUACCACACCUGAAAUGUAUCAGACCAUGCUUGACUGCUGGCAUGAGGAUCCCAAUCAGAGACCCAUGUUUUCAGAGUUGGUGGAACAUUUGGGAAAUCUUCUACAAGCUAAUGCUCAGCAGGAUGGCAAAGACUACAUUGUUCUUCCAAUAUCAGAGACUUUGAGCAUGGAAGAGGAUUCUGGACUCUCUCUGCCUACCUCACCUGUUUCCUGUAUGGAGGAAGAGGAAGUGUGUGACCCCAAAUUCCAUUAUGACAACACAGCAGGAAUCAGUCAGUAUCUGCAGAACAGUAAGCGAAAGAGCCGGCCAGUGAGUGUAAAAACAUUUGACGAUAUCCCAUUGGAAGAACCAGAAGUCAAAGUAAUCCCAGAUGACAACCAGACGGACAGUGGUAUGGUUCUUGCAUCAGAAGAGCUGAAAACUUUGGAAGACAGAACCAAAUUAGCUCCAUCUUUUAGUGGACUGAUGCCCAGUAAAAGCAGGGAGUCCGUGGCAUCUGAAGGCUCCAACCAGACAAGUGGCUACCAGUCUGGGUACCACUCGGAUGACACAGACACCACCGUGUGCUCCAGUGAGGAGGCAGAACUUUUAAAGCUGGUGGAGGCUGCAGUGCAAGCUGGCAGCUCAACCCAGAUGCUCCAGCCUGACUUGGGGACCUUGUUGAGCUCGCCUCCUGUUUAAAUGGAGGCACCCAUGCCCCCCAUUCCUGGAAAUCACAUUGAGAGGUGCUGCUCAGAUUUUCAAGUGUUGUUCUUUCCACCACCAGGAAGUAGCCACAUUUGAUUUUCAUCUCAGAAAAAAAAAAAAAAAGGACUGGGGACUGCAGGGAGCUAUAUUCCUCUAGGCAUUUCCUGAGAAGAUGCUGUGACUCAAGAAUGUGUUUCUGUCUCCUCCCAGUGUUGGCCUUAUUCUCUUUUUCAUUUCAAAAGCAUGUGGAAUGCACCCUGCGGUGGGUCUCACCAUGGGUUAGAACAAAAGAUGUUCAAGAAUUGACUCUGUCCUCUAAGAAAUAGCCAUCCUUGGGGAGUGGACAGCUCUGUAAAACUAGAUCAACCAAGCAGUGUAAGUGCUUUGGGUGUGAAGAUGGGAAAGACUCAUAGGGCUCAGCCCACCUGAGAGGCUCUGUUGAGGAUGAGAGCUGCAAGCCAAGUCUUAAGUGUGGGAUUUGGACUGAUGGAAUGGAAGAUGUAAGCCUGCUUAGAGGGAGCGUUGGGAGCCUGCAGAUGCGUUGUCUUGGCUCUGGCAGAGGUGGGCAAGUGGCCUGUGAGGCAAUGCAGAAGCUGUGGACCAGGAUUCUGGUUUUAGAAGGUUGCGUGCCCAUCCCAGUUGUGCUAAAGGCGAGUUCCUUGUGCCGUUUCCGCCUCCUAAUGAGAGUUCCUUCCGGACCCUGAUGUGUCUCCUGGCCCGGCCCCAGGAAGGAAAUGAUGCAGCUCUGGCUCCUUGUCUCCCAGGCCGAUCCCUUUAUUCAGAAUGCCACAAAGAAAGGACAUUCGCUGCACAGCUCCCUGGCAAGUUAAAGAGUUUGGACAGUGCAAACCAGCUUCUGUUUUCUUCUGGAUGAAUACCCACAUAUCUGUCCUGAUGGGAUGUGCCCCAGACUGAAUGCAGUAGGCCCAGAGUCAAGCUGUGGUGGCAAAGUUUCAGGAAGGAUUGCAACCUUUUGUUCCUCCCCCACCCCAACCCACUCUCACCCCCAACCCAUCAAUCAGUAUUUUAGUUUUUGGACUCUACGCUCCAGAAAAUUAGCCAGAUUUCAAAACCACUUUAUAGCCAAAGUUAUAACAUCUAUUUUAUUAUUUAGACUUUUAACAUAUAAAGCUAUUUCUACUCGUUUUUGUUCUUCCUUUUUAAAAAAAAAAGUGUAUUUUUCCUUUGGUACCAUAGUGUGAGACGCUGGGAACAAUGACUAUAAAACAUUCUAUGGCACACAUAUUUAUAGUCAGUUAUGUAGAACAAAUGUAAUAUAUUAAAGCCUCAUAUUAUAUAUGAUGAACUUUGUACUAUUCACAUUUUUGUAUCAGUAUUAUGUAGCAUAACAAAGAUUGCAAUGCUUUCAGCAGCUGA